AUGUCCACGACUGAUCUAUUUCAACUCGAAGAUCGCGACUCGCUGCUGCGUUUCCUUCAGUUCCGAUCCCACCGGGCCGGCAGGAUUUUCUUUGACGUGUCUCUUUGGGUCACGUUGGCACUAGAUGCAAGCACUGAUGCUAGUGUUACUCAUCUUCAUCUCAAGCCUGGUCUUGUCGGCAUACUCUGCCUCGCGGACGUCGCCGCCGUCGGGGGCCAUUGUCGUUAAUCCAAGUACAACGACAUCAGGACAGUUCAAGACUCUGGGUUCUGCUGUAGCUUCUCUGCCAGAUGAUUCGUCUGCACAGACUAUCUUUAUGUUCCCUGGAACUUAUGAAGAACAGGUGCUCAUUCAAAGAUCUGGACCAGUUACCAUCUUUGGCUACACGACGGAUACUAUGGACUUCACAGCUAAUCAAGUUGUCAUUACCCAUUCUUCGUCAUUGGCCGAUGCAGGAAGCGACGAUGCUACUGGGACACUGCGGAUCAAGACUGACCAUGCUGCACUGUAUAAUAUUGACGUCCGGAAUGACUUCGGUGUUGCGCAGACCAAUGGGCAGGCUAUAGCACUUAGCCAAUACGGAAGCAAAUUUGGCGCAUAUGCCUGCCGAUUCUUCUCAUAUCAGGAUACAUUAUAUGCUAAUGUAGGAACCCAAGUGUACCUCAAGUCUUACAUUGAAGGCGCAGUUGACUUCAUCUUUGGACGUCAAGGCCAAGCAUACUUUGAGGGCAAUACCAUAGCUAGCAAGGGAGCUGGCUGCGUCACUGCGUCCGGCCGGGAAUCUGAUGAUGCAGGAAGCUAUGUAUUCGACAAGAACACUGUUAUUGCAGCAUCCGACGCGUUCUCUAAUGUAACUGGAAAUGUAUUCCUUGGCCGUCCAUGGGGAGACUUUGCCAAGGUCAUUUUCAAGAACACUGUGGUCGACUCUCCGCUCAAUAAAGCUGUUUGGUCGCAAUGGAAUGUGGGCGACCCAAGGACAGACAAUAUACUGUUUGCCGAGUACAACAGUACAGGGUCAGGCGUUGCAGAUGCGAGUAGACCUUCAUUCGCUACUAUUCUCACUAGCAGUGAAGCAGACCAAUACACAAUCGCAUCAGCCGUUGGAAGUGACUUUGCAGACUGGGUGGAUGCUGAUUAUCUUGCAUAG